GGUCUCUGCCUUCCUCAGCCCAUUCUAGCUCUCUCCUCUCCACCCUGUGGUUGUGAGCGUGGAUUUUUUGGGGGGUGAGCGAUGUGUUGUUCUGUGGGUUUUGCCAGGUCUCUGGGCCUGGCUCUGUUGCCUCUGGCCCUUUGCUGUAUUGUGGCAAACCUGCUGCUGCUGUUUCCCAUGGGAGAAAUCACCUACAUUAAGCAGGACCGCUUGGCCAGCUACAUCUGGUACUUUGGUGGCCUGGGAGGUGGGGGGCUGUUGAUGCUGGUUCCAGCUGUUGCCUUCACCACGCUGGGGAAAUGUAGUUGCUGCUGGAAUGAGAGUUUAAUGAUGUGUGGGUCAGUGUUGGCAGCUGUGGUCGGUCUGGUGGGGUCUGCCUACUGUUUCAUCUUAUCAGGGUAUGCACUCCUGCAGGGCCCCCAGUGCUUCACCUCGUAUGGAUGGUCGUACCCCUUUGCAGACCAAAAGGGGAGGUAUCUUCUGCAGCCAGAAACGUGGACACGGUGCCUUCAGCCGGUUAACAUCGUAGAGUGGAACAUCACUCUGCUGUGUGUCUUACUGGGCCUGGCAGUGCUGGAGUUCAUCAUCUGUCUCCUACAGCUGGGAAAUGGCCUAGUCAACGCUGUCUGCCGGCCCUGCUGCUACAAGCAGGAGUACAGUCUUAAUGCUUAGAUUCACCUGCACAGACAUACCACAGAUGCAUGCAGAUAGAACCAUAGCGUACAUGUACAGUACAUUAAUGGACACAAGCACAAAAGGAAGUCUCCACACAUAACCUCACUGCAACGUGUGUGCGUGUGUGUGUUUGAUUACAGCACCACAUCUCCAGUCAGCCAGGUUAGAUUUGUAAUCAAUGUAUUUUCAAGUUCUGAAAUUAGUCAAAGUCACCAGUGGUGCCAGGAUAUGUCUGCAACAAGCUGUGUAUAUGACUUUUUUUUAUUCCAUAAGUAGGACAUUGUAACUUACUUUGAAAGCAGGCAUAGCAAGCCAACAUGUACAGAUAGCAAGAGAGGAUCAGAGUAUUAGGUUUACUGAAGUAUAGUCUGUCAAACGUGGUGCACAGGCUUGCUCAGUUUCUUCACUGUUAUUUUAUGUUGUAUGCUACACAGCUGUGUUAACAUUUUUACGGCCUGAAGAGAACUAUGUUAAUAACGGAGUAAUCAGUAUCAAAUCAACUGCCUGGUAUUGUUUGAUAAUGUGAACAUUACCUUCUUUGGGGUAUUUCCUUUCCCUGGUUAAUGGUGUUUUUGCAAGAAACAGUGCGUGUUGCCAUGAUUUUAGUCUUUGAAUGUGCCGUCUUGGCUAAAAUGAAGCACAGUGACGUGCCCGUCAUGUCUAGAUUUAUUUUUGUGGUCCCAGGACUUGCAGUGUGUUGGAUCACACGUGUGUGUGUGCGUGUAUGUUUUUACAUCUAUUUUCAUUUUCAGUAUACUUUGUUGUAAAAUUGUUGUCUUAAUGUUUUUUAGAUGCUAGUCCAGUGUUACCAAACAUUAUACAUAUAUACAUAUAUAUAUAUAUACACACACGCAUAUAUAUUUUAGUGGCAUAUUUUUAUAAUGUAUUGUUUGUUUGUGCUUCCUUGAAUAAAGACAAACAAUUUCUGUUUUAUA